GAUGCAACACGUCCCUCAGACUCUCUGGUGCUGAAGCUGCGCGCAUCCGGAAGAUUCCAGCAUCCCGCAACCUUUCCUAUCUACAGUAUGGAUCAUGAUGCCUUUUAUCGCCUGAUGAAACUUCCCUUCGCUUUAAUCAUCACGAAUUUAAUAUUCGUGGGGAUCGGUAACCUGAGAUACUAACGGUUUCUUGGUAGUUAUGACUGGCGCGCAACUGCGCUCAAUAAGCUGACGCUUUCAUUUAGUUGCACUUCAGCUUCACCAAAAAGCGCGGAGAGAUUUCUGGAGUGAAUUGCUUUAUAAACGCACAACUGGAGCAGAACCAGUGCCAUGGGGCCCUUACUCUGGGAAGGGCGCCUGUCAUGUUUUCUUCUCCAUGCUUCUGUUCUCCUGCUGCUCAGCAAGGGGGAGCGGAUGUGCCCUGUGAGUUGCCGCUGCGAAGGCAAGAUUGUUUACUGCGAGUCUGGCGCCUUUCAAGACGUCCCGGAGAACAUCUCUCUGGGGUGCCAGGGACUAUCCCUGCGGUACAACAGCCUCCUGUUGUUGCUACCUUACCAGUUUGCUCACCUCAACCAGCUGGUCUGGCUCUACCUGGACCACAAUUCAAUCAGCGUAGUGGAUAGACUGGCCUUCCAGGGACUUCGUCGGCUAAAGGAACUAAUCCUAAGCUCUAACAAGAUUGUGCAGUUGCAAAACGGCACCUUUGAGACUGUCCCAAACCUGCGCAACCUUGACCUGUCCUACAAUCAGCUGCAGGACUUGAUACCGGGGCAGUUCCAUGGACUUCGCAAGCUUCAGAAUCUACAUCUGCGAUCAAACAACAUCAAAAACAUCCCUGUCCGUACGUUCAUGGAAUGUCGGAGCCUGGAGUUUCUAGAUUUGGGUUACAAUCGCCUACGGACUAUCACUCGUACGACCUUCCUGGGACUGCUCAGGCUGACAGAACUCCACCUCGAACACAAUCAGUUUUCCAGGAUUAACUUUUUCCUAUUUCCACGCCUCUUAAAUCUGCAGGCUCUUUAUCUGCAAUGGAAUCGCAUACGGACAGUCGUCCAAGGUUCGCCUUGGACUUGGCACACUUUACAGAAACUGGAUCUAUCAGGCAACGAGAUUCAAAUUUUGGAUCCUGCUAUUUUUAGGUGUUUGCCCAACUUGCAUACGCUCAAUCUGGAGUCUAACAAGAUCAGUAAUGUGUCCCAGGAAGUGGUUUCAUCGUGGAUCUCCAUUAGCACGAUCAACCUGGCAGGAAACAUAUGGGACUGUAGCUCUAGUAUCUGCCCUCUGGUGUCUUGGCUGAGAAACUUCAGGGGAACUAGAGAUGCCAGCAUUAUUUGCAGCACUCCCAAAUCGCUUCAGGGAGAAAGAGUCAUGGAGGCAGUGAGGAACAACUCAGUGUGUGAGGAGAUAUUCACUGUGGAACCGACCACAGAAUUAACUCUUCUUUUGACUACUACUACGACAACUCUUUAUGUGACAAAGCCACCCACAAUCACCACUACAACCCCACACACCACAACUAGGAGGCUUUCCCAAGUUACUCACAUACAAAGACUCACCCCAAAGGUUUUAUUCCCUGUUCAGUCUGACAAAGAAUUCCUAGUGACGCCUAGCAGCCUACCCUUCACCCCCGAACCUGAGUUUGAGCAUAUGACCUUCCACAAGAUCAUCGCCGGCAGCGUUGCCCUAUUUCUCUCGGUGUCAUUAAUCCUAUUAGUGAUUUACGUGUCGUGGCGACGAUACCCUAACAGCAUGAGGCAACUCCAGCAGCACUCCAUCCGACGCAAGCGCAGAAAAAAGACCCGAGAGCCUGAACAUAACAUCAACUCUCAACUGCAAGAGUAUUAUCUAAGCUACAACCAUGCCAAUGUAGAGACGAUGGACUCUUUGGUUAACGGGGCGUGCACCUGCACCAUCUCGGGCUCCAGAGAGUGCGAGGUAUGACCUACCACUAAAAAAACGCAUUCUCUGCACCGGGGAGUCAGAGAAUGCAUAUGCGUAUCCCAGACCGCUACCGGGGACUUGGAUGGGAGACAUACCCACAAUUCACUGAGGGGGCCCGUGAGAAAAUGCACCACUGCCCAUUGCGAUUUGCAGUGGCACAGAUAAAGCCUUUCCUGGAUUUUGCUUCAGCGCUGAGAAUUUUCCAACACAAAAGCAGCGGAAUCUGAAAAGAAUUAGGCUGGAUGGGCGGCACACAUCCUCAACCCCUCAUUUUGGACCCUUUCAAAAGUGGAGCAAGUGGAUACGGCAUCAAUUUGACACCCCGUCCUCAAACAAAACCGGUUUGGUAGUCACUUCGACCAACAAUAAACGUCCCCCACAAUGGGGCUGGCAAACAUGCAAGGCAAAUCUAUUCGUAAUGAACCAGCAAAAUGUUUCUCGACGCUGCCAUUGUUGCUGUAUGAUAGCUACUGCCUGCUCUCCCCACGGAAUCAACACCUACCGUCCCCACUUCCUCCAACCUCCCGUCCUGUUCAUCCCUUUGUGUUGUGUAGUGAUGUAUUCAUGCCGAACCAUUGGAAACGUCUCUCGUGAUCAGUGGACAGUAAUUGCUCAAUUGAGUGCAACCCACAAGGAUGUUUCCGAGGACCGCAUGACAACAGAAGAUAUUUUUGACUGCUGUGAAAACAUAAUGAAAAAAGCCUGUUUGUAAGGACUGUAACCUCACCACGAGUUCCCACUGUGAUUUGAUUUCAACCCUGGCUGAACGUGGACUCACCACAGGAGAGUUGAAUUGUGGGUAUAGUAUGUGUGUUGUGGAUGUGUUUUGUUUUUUCUGUUCCGUUUAAACCUGGAAUUUCCAUGCUUUCCCUGGAUUGUCCUUUCUCUUUGUUCAGACUGAAAAUUUAGCUGACUAUUUUUGUAUGAGCACCGUAUCAUCCUUACGUGAUUAAUCAAAGAGAGAGCGACUUUAAAAACUCUGAGAUACCUUAACAUAUUUUAAACACUUGCAUCUGGAUGCCUUCUUGUCGCCCGACAUCUACAGCCACUGAUCAAACCAUCAACAAACCGGACAUUUUCUAUAACAACCAGAACUGUCAUUAUUUUGUGCUGCAAACUUUGCAUAGUGUAAAAACAGUGGUUCUCAACUGAUCAGGGUCGUAGACAAUAAACAAUAGAAUGCAGCUAACCAUAUAAUUAUGCAUAGUCAGGAGAGCAAAAUAAAUGUUUUGUUUUUGGCGUCAAAGGUGUGUGUGCAAUCAAACUCCACAGUAUUUUGGCACAAGUUCAUCUACUAGACAAAAUAUGAAGCCAAAUUGGAGAGGGUAUAUGGCAUAGUCCUCAAAAACCGUGAACAGAACUACUGAACUGAAAAUAUGACCCAGACUACGUUAAAUACGGGUUCACAGGGUUUGCAUUGACCACAAUGUGUUUUAUAUGAUGAAUUAUUUGUGUGAUGAGAGCAUCAUACUUUAGAAACCAAAAUUGUUAGCUUUUGUCACGUUAAUAAUUUAGCAUAUUGUCUGGCCUUUGCAUUUCUUGGAAAUAUUACUACAUUUUAAAGUUUGAAUUUAAGGACAUUUUUUACUUACUUUUUGUACAAUAAACAAUUUAGAUAUCACGUCGGGUCACCACUUGAUUUCCAAUGUAAAAUCCAGGUCCUGUUGAGAACCACUGACACAAAACCUUUCUAAGAUUUACACACUUACUAUCAUAUAACAACCUAUGGAAGCUCGUUUCCGCCAUGGAAUGAAAAAAUAAAAAUAAAAAAAGGUAAUUGCGACUUUUCUCACAAUUCUGACUCGCAAUUGUGAGUUUACAUCUCUCAAUUCUGACUUUUUUCUCUGAAUUGCGAGAUAUAGUCGCAAUUGCGUUAAAGUCAAAAUUGUGAGAUAUAAACUCGCAACUGUGUGUUAUAAAGUCAGAAUUGCAAUAUAUAGUUGCAAUUGCAUGUUAUAAAGUCAGAAUUGUGAGAUAGUCGCAAUUGCGUGUUAUAAAGUCAGAAUUGUGAGAUAUUGUCGCAAUUGUGUGUUAUAAAGUCAGAAUUGCGAGAUUUAAACUCGCAACUGCGUGUUUUAGGCAGAAUUGUAAGAUAUUGUCGCAAUUGUGUGUUAUAAAGUCAGAAUUGCGAGAUAUAAACUCGCAACUGCGUGUUAUAAAGUCAGAAUUGUGAGAUACUGUCGCAAUUGUGUUAUAAAGUCAGAAUUGCGAGUUAUAAAGUCAGAAUUGUGAUAUAUAGUUGCAAUUGCAAGAUAUAAUGUCAGAACAACGAGAUAUAGUCGCAAUUGCGUGUUAUAAAGUCAAAAUUGCGUGGUAUAAACUCUCAAUUGCAUGUUCUAAAGUCAAGAAUUAAUAAAGUAAAGAAUUAAUUAUUUUGUGGUGGAAACAAGCUUCCAUAACAACCAUCUACAUUCACCACAAGUAUGAGGAGAUUUACAGGACAUUACCAUUCAAAAGUGUGAGGUCUUUUUUUAAAAGAAUUUAACACUUUUAUUCAGCAAGGGCGCAUUUAAUUAAUCAAAAGUUAUUUUAAAGACAUAUAUAAUGUUAUAAAAGAUUUCCAUUUCAAAACUAUGCUGUUCUUUUUCAUCAAAGAAUCCUGAGAAUCACGAUUUCCACAAAAAUAUUAAGCAGCACAGCUGUUUUCAACGUAAUAAUGAGAAAUGUUUCUUGAGAACCAAUUCAGAAUGAUUUCUGAAGGAUCACGUGCCACUGAAUGGCUGAAAAUUCAGCUUUCCUACCACAGGAACAAAUUACAUUUUAUAAUACACUCAAAUAGCAAACAGUUAUUUUAAAUUGUAAUAAUAUUUCAAAAUAUUGCAGUGUUUUACUGUAUUUUGAUCAAGUAAACACAGCCCUGCAUAAGAGACUUUAAUCAAAAGCAUCUUACCAACCCCAAACUUUUGAAUGGUAUCUGGUACAGCUGAAAGAAGUCACGUGUAACAAGUUUGUCUGUGCAACAGGAGGACAAACCUAUAUAUUAAUGCAGAUAAGUGUAACCAGUACAUCAAUGAAUGAAUGGAAAUGGACAGGAAGCCACUGGAAGGAUUCUGGACACACACUGCCAUCUGGCCAAAAGCCCCCUUAAUUUUUGUGUGAUCAUUAUAAUUACAUCCAUCAUAAUUGGUUAACAUAUAUGGAGCUGUGUCUUUAGCAAGAAUGAAACCUGCCAAAGUAAAACAAAAGGUUAUUGUUAUUGGUCAAAUUUAUUGGCUAAAAUUUGAGUUGGAGGUAUACUAACUAGAAAAUGUGAUGCUUGCACAUGCAAAACUGGCCAGCAAGGUGUACUAAAUGGUUUUAGUGCAUUGCUAUGGUGUUCUGGGUUAUUGCACCAUCAUAAAAGGCCCACACGCGAGCCUCUAUGAUGUUCGGAUCUCUAUAGUAAAGGCUUGGGUCCUUUCUUCUACAUCUGUGGGAAUGUUUUGCCUGUUUUAUCACCUGCCAGGCAGAAAUCAUAAGUCAGAUCACUUAGAAAAGUAAUAGCACAUCUCUCCUCAACAAGCCGCAUGAUUUGUGGUAUCACGUCCAAAGUAAAAACGUUGCGGACGAACUAUAAAUGGAUGAGUCACGCACUAAAACAGCUCUUAAUUCUGAGCAAUAGUGAUAGUUAUGUUUGCCUAUGCAAACUCCACUGAGAAAAUAUGUAAAGCAAACCACUGAAUGGUGUGCUAUCAUGUGUCCUUUAGUGAGAAAUGCCCACCCUUGAAGUCUUGUGUUAUCAGAUCCGCUUAGGGAGAACUGCAUCUGCCAAGAACACACAAUCUAUCAAUGUCACUGGCGGGAUGGUCUGACUGUGGGGGUUUCUGUGCAAUUUACUUACAAACAUUUCACAUCCUCUUGAAGAACAAGCCAAAUAUUUCACAGAUCUCAGAUUAGGAGAAUGGCUCUUCCCUUAUUUAUUGAAUCAUCAGAGAUAUAAUAAAAAAAAAAAUAAAUAAAAAAAUAAAAACAGGUGCUUAAAGGGAUCACCCAGGAAAGUUCACCCAAAAAUUUGUCAUCAGUUAUUCACUCUCAUGUCUUUCCAAUCCAAACCCGUGAGACUUUUGUUUAUCUUCAGAACACAAAUGAAGAUAUUUUAAUGAAAUCUGAGAAAUUUCUGUCCCUCCAUUGAAAGCUACACAACUACCACUUUGAUGCUUCAAAAAGUUCAGAAAGAGAUCAUAAAACUAAUCCUUAUGAAUUGAGCGGUUUAGUCCAGAUUUUCUGAAGAGACACGAUCACUUUAUAUGAUGAACAGAUUUAAUUUAGGCUUUUAUUCACAUAUAAAAACAUUGAUCAGCAAACAUAAACAGAAGCUCAACCGAACCUGCUUGAUGCGCGAGAACAAACCUCUUGUGGAAGCUCAAACGUGAUGCGUAACACGAGAAUGAACCUCAUUGGUUCUUGAGGAAGCUCAAACGUGAUGCGGAACACAAGAUGAACUCUCAUAAAGCGAUGGUGUCUCUUCAGAAAAUUUGGACUAAACCACUCAAUUCGUAUGGAUUAGUUUUACGAUCUCUUUAUGAACUUUUUGAGGCGUCAAAGUAGUUGUGUAGCUGUCAAUGGAUGGACAGAGAGUUCUCAGAUUGCAUCAAAAAGAUCUGUGUUGGGUUUGGAAUGACACGAGGGUGAGUAAUUAAUGACAGAAUUUAAAUGUUUGGGUGAGCUAACCCUUUAAUCACGCUUCUCAAUCUAAAGCGUGAUGAAGUGUCUUCAUACCUCCUUUUGGUCAGAUUAAAAAGAUCUUUUCUAUAGUUCACGAAGGCUUUUCACAUGUUGAUCGCUCAAUACAAAUGCAUAUCUGCUACCCAUCCACUUCUCAGAAAGUACAACGACCUUCGGUUUCUAAAGCAAAACUAGGCUGAUGAUGAAAAUGCGGCUGAUGCAAUUCGCUUCUCUAAGAGGCGUCUAUUAGCUGAACAUAUUCAAGGUUCUGUGCCAUUAUGACUGAUCUGAAGUAGACAGACAGUAAAGGUGUAACUAUUGAUUUGCAUUUAGAGCUCAUGUGUGAAAAGGGUCAAGGACAAAUUGGCCAGUUUUGCUCUCUCAAGUAACCCUCACAUUUUAUUCAAGGACACGUGUUUUGUGUGAAAAUGAGGAUUCUUUAUGUUUUUUUAAAACAGAAAUGCUGUGAUGUUAUAUUCUAUGGAUUUGUCUUUAUAAACUGUUAUUCUAAAUUCUAAAUUCAGCGGCAUCAGAAAACUCCAUUUGUUGAUGUUUUGAAUUUCAAUAUAUGUAAGUAACUCUUAACCCAAAAUUUUACCUAUUGCUAAUAUAUUCCAAGGUCCAAAAUUUCACAAUUAAACAAUGAAAACCUGGGAUUAUUUUACCCCUUAAAACCUGGAAAAACGAGAGAAGCUCUUUGGUAUGUGCCAUUCUAAUUUCUUAUUUCAGUAGGAAUUAAAACAUACUCUUAUUCCCAGGUCAUUAAUGCAAGUGAAUGGCAUUGACCUUAAAUCCAUGGUAAUUUUUCAGGUCACCUUUUUAAUUAAACUUUCCACUCAAUUUGUCAUGCUGAUAAUGUCAUUUGCAAUGAAAAACAUUUACCAAAUUGAUCUAAAAAUGCAAAAUAGAAACAUCUCUUUGUAGUGUUAGAUUUUGGAUCCCAAUGAAAAGUAAGUGAUGCACAACUAUGGUCUAUAUGGACAUUAAAACCCAGAGACAGAUGGGUUGGUUGGAGGUUAACUGCACUGACAAUCUGAAUCUGUGCUUGUGAGUGUUUGUACGAAGGUUAAACUGCUCCUCCUGUACUUUAAUACCAGAAACAUCAUGUCUGAGUUCAAGGAAAACAGUCACCCAUGUCAUAUGCAACACUCACAGGAUUCACAAUGACAGAAGAGACAUUUGAGAGCAAGUUCAAGGAAAGUUUCUGGGUUCAAAAUAAAUUAAAGUCUAUCGACAACUUCUGUGACAUGAUCUCUCAACCACAGAAAGGCAUUGAUUUGUACAAAUGAUGAAAUUUAACCAGAUCAAAACUGUACGAUAUCAAGCUGGCUCAUUCAAAUAGGAACUGCCGCUCCAAAAAGGACAAAAAGUAACAUAAAAAUGGUCAAUCUGAUUUGUGCACUUUGUGUUUCAGUUCCUCUGAUGCUUUUGGAUCUGGUACAUUGUUAUCAUGGCUUCAGAGAGGACUUUGAAUGUUGGGAUUUUGGCACACAAUCCAGUCCAUCUCUUGUAUGGAUUGAUUUUUUUUUUUUUGUUAUUGUUGUUGUUGUCAUUUUUGGAGCUCAAUAGUGCCAGUUCUAAUUCACUCGUGGGAAAAUGAAAAACAAAUAUUCUUUUUAUGUUCCAAAGAAGAAUAAAACAUAUAGGUUUAUGACGAAUUGCUUGUGAGGUUCUGCUAUUGUAAGUCGUUUUAGUGACAAAAUCUGACGUCUUUCCACUUUCAUCCAACGUUUUCUCUCAUAACAUAAUCUUGGAUAGCAAGGUAGCUAUAACAGAAUGAAUUUUUCCCCCUGGAAAUGUGUAAUUUGUGCAGAGUGAGCAGCAGUACUGACCCUGGUUAACAACUUCAUACCAGUUUGAUCGUGUUUACAUUGAUGCACUUACAAUGGAAAUCAUUCUGAAGGUUUGAUGAGUUUUAUAUUGGAUAUAACUUUGUGCAGAAAAAGUCAGGUGUUUUUAAAUCACACUAUUUCUCAUUAACACAUAACAUGGAGAACACAUUCCCCCGGUUUCACAGACAAGGCUUAAGCUAGUCCUAGACUAAAAUGCAUGUUUGAGCUGUUUUAACUGAAAGCAACAUGACAUAGAUUAAUAUGUCAUUGCCAUUGUUUUGUCUCAAGAUGCAUACCGGUAAAGUUUUUUUUUUUUUCUAUAGGGAACAUUUAUAAAAGCUACUUAUAUGCCCUAAUUGAACUAAGGCCUAAUCCUGGCUUAUUCUAAGCCCUGUCUGUGAAACCAGGCCAUUAUGUUUAAGUCUUGUCACCAUACUUUUAAAAUGGUGUACUUUAAAGUUUAACCUUGUUCAAUGCCUUAGCCGACAGCGGACUACUGUAAGUGCAUUAAGGUAAAUGCAUCUUGUGCCUGUUUUUACAAACUGAUGGUUUAAGGUUGAACUGAUUUUCUCUGGUAAUCAACAGCAUGUCACAGAUGUUGUCCAUUUAGCUUUGCUUAUUGGACCUGGAACAUUCCUUCAUUAAGAAUCCAUUACAAAGACACAUCGAGCACACUGUGAUCAACUCUGCUUCUGUAUGUUCACCAUUCUCUGUGAUCUUUGUCCACACCUGGCUGUGCCUUGCAGUGUGCAUUUCAUACAAAUAUCACCAAAAAAAAAAAAAAAAAAAAUCACA